UCGUUGUUGAUUUCAGAAAUUGUCCUUGUAUUCACUGUCGUAGUUUUCGAAAUCGUUUAUUUUGUUGUUGUAGAAACCGUCAUUUUGUUGGAGUCGAGUAUCCUUUUGAAUUUCAUUCUUGGUUUCGUU